AACAGUGACAUCAUCAUCAUCAUCAUCAUCAGCCUCGCAGCUAGGCUAGAAUCAUCGUGAAGUGCCGCCCUCCCUCCUCUUAAGUGUUGAUCAGUGAGCGUGUCUUCUUUCAGUCAGUCACCAUCCAGACAAUGGACGCACUCGUCUCCAUCCAACCCAGCCCCGCCUAAGGGGCUUGACCUGCAUUACGCCCCUCGGCCACGCCUGACCUCGCUUUCAGGAUGGCUUCGUCGAGGUUGGAGCGGUUGUUCACGCUACUGGCCACCUCGACCUCGGGCCCCACUCUCAGCUUGGCCUCGCAACAAUUGGCGCAAGUGGUGCGCACCCACCCCGAAGAACUGUGCGGUCUUUUGGCCCACCUCCACCCUUUGCUGCAUUCAAGCACUUGGGAGACGCGAUUAGCCGCGGUUCAGGCCCUGACCGCCAUCCUCAAAGCUUACCCGGCGGAACCGCGACCCGUCCAGGCGGCCGGUAAGGAAGACGCACGGGUGAAACUCGAAGCACCCGUGGAUUUGAGCUAUGGCCGCGAAAGUCGCCAAACGCCCGUGAUCGUGUCGGCAGCCCAGGUUGAUCAGUUCAAUUUUGAGACGUUCGACUUGGCCCGUAUGAUUGCCGAGACCGAAUCGCUGUUGUCGUCGCGGGGUCGCGAGUUUAACUCGCCCGCCCAAUGCGAUUUGGGGCAGCAGAAGAAGGAGAUCAAUCGCAAGUUCGGGUUUACCAUGGCUCAAAAUUUGGCCGGUGAUACGGCCCCCGACGAUCUGAUCACCGAGGAGGACCUCAAAGUCGAGAACGGGUCGGCGGGAGCGGGGCCCACCCUGUCUUCAGCGCUGAGUGCGCGGGAGCGGAAUCGCUUGAAGCGCGCCGCUUCGCGUCAAAAAACCCAGGUGCAAACCAGUCAGAAGAAGGCCAAGAAAGAGGCCAAACUCUACAAGGCUCCCAGGGCCCCGACCGAUCCGGACGAGUGGGUCUUUCAACCGUUUUGUCAAUAUUUGUGCCGCGAUCUGUUCGACGAGGCCUGGGAGGUUCGACACGGUGCGGCCACGGCCCUCCGGGAAAUCAUCGCCCAUCAAGGCCAGCGCGCCGGUUGUCACGGCCAACAUAGUGCGGUUGAGAAUGCCAACGCGCAUCGAGCUUGGUUGGCCCAAAUCAGCUUACGGUUGAUUACUGUCAUGGCCAAAGAUCGAUUCGGUGACUUUGUGUCUGAUCAGGUCGUGGCCCCGGUCAGAGAGUCCAGCGCCCAAGCUCUAGCCGAGGCCGUGACUUUGAUGACCCCAUCCGAUGUGUCGCAGGUCGUGCGGGUCAUUCUCCAACUCCUGGCCAACCCCGAUUGGCAGUGUCGCCAUGGAGGUCUCUUAGGGGUAAGUUGGUUGAACGACUCCGUAGACGAUGUGGUGGGCGUGGCAGCAGCCUCACUCAUCCCCGUGGUCAGAGAGUUGAUCCUGAAGUACCAGAACCAGUUGGAGAAGCUCACCGACCGCCUUUGGGACGCGUUGAAAAUCAUCGAUGAUUUGACCAGUUCCACGCAUUCCAUCAUGCACUUGCUCUCGGAAAUCCUCAAGACUCAGGUGGAAUACGGUCAAAUUGAACGGUUGAAUCUGUUCCAAAGCAACGGAGGCCUCGACCACCAAUCGAUGUUCGCACUCAAAGUGGUCCGAUUGUUCCCCUUCAUGUCGCAUUCGUCGUCCCUGGUGCGAAAAGCCACUUUGACCACGCUGAACACGCUGACCGAACAUCAGGAUUUGGCCAAGAUUGUCUUGCCCACGGUCGUCAAGGAACUCAGCUUGAACCUAUUCCAACGGGCCGUUCUUGAACAUCAAGAGGACAACUUGAAAUUGAUCGAGCAGAUCUGGAAUAACAUGGCCCUCUACACGCCCCUAGGCCCACUUCUCAUGGCUACUUGUCCCAUGUAUGGCUCUUGGGUGGCCAUGGUGAUCCAGCCACCUCACUGGCCUUUUUGGAUCAAAUAUAUCCUUGCCACCCGCCAAGACCUCAUCGACGAGAUUUUACCGGUUCUAUACCCCGCCAUAUUUCAAGGGUUGAACGACUCCGUAGACGAUGGUGGGCGGGGCAGCAGCCUCACUCAUCCCGUGGUCAGAGAGUUGAUCCUGAAGUACCAGAACCAGUUGGAGAAGCUCACCGACCGCCUUUGGGACGCGUUGAAAAUCAUCGAUGAUUUGACCAGUUCCACGCAUUCCAUCAUGCACUUGCUCUCGGAAAUCCUCAAGACUCAGGUGGAAUACGGUCAAUUGAACGUGGUCCGAUUGUUCCCCUUCAUGUCGCAUUCGUCGUCCCUGGUGCGAAAAGCCACUUUGACCACGCUGAACACGCUGACCGACAAUCAGGAUUUGGCCAAGAUUGUCUUGCCCACGGUCGUCAAGGAACUCAGCUUGAACCUAUUCCAACGGGCCGUUCUUGAACAUCAAGAGGACAACUUGAAAUUGAUCGAGCAGAUCUGGAAUACAUGGCCUCUACACGCCCCUAGGCCCACUUCUCAUGGCUACUUCCCAUGUAUGGCUCUUGGAUCCAGGACAAGGCCAACUCGGGGUUCAUCAAUACCUAGGCGGGCCAGACGUGCAGCAUUUGGUCAAUCCAUCGAGAAGGACCGAUUCGUGACGCGAGCUCGCUACUUAGCGGCCAAGAUGCUUGGCAAACUGGCCGGUUUCAUUCGCACGCCCGUGCCUGGCAUGGACUACUCCAAAGAUGCGCUCACUCCCUUGCAAAUGUUUGUGACGAAGAUUUUGAUGCCCAAUUUAAGUAACAGCUCCUCGGCCUACCAACGGAUGACCAUGUCGCUGAUCGUUUCCGAGUGGUACGAGCAACACAAUGAGAAAGAGGUGCCCUUGGUGCUCAAAUCCACGUUCAACCGCUUCUUAGUUGAGAUCCCGUCUUACGACGAGACCCGACAAGCGGCCAGUCAACUUCAAAAUGAGACCGUCGACUACAUCGCCCUGUUGAAGCACUACAAGCUCCAAUUGGCCCCGGACCUGAUCAGCCUUCAACCCAAAACAUUCUCCAUCGACCAAGUUCAAAUGUUUCUCACUCGAACCGAUUUCGGGAGCCUUUUCGGGUCGAAUCCGAAACUGAAAACGAAACUCUUGGACUCGCUGUUGGACCGGAAGAAUGCUUUGGUGGGGUCGCUGAAUCGGAUUGCCAAUGACCAAGCCACCCUCACGGUCAUGACACAAGCGGCUAAUGCCGGGGCUAUUGUGAGUUUAGGUGCGUACCCCGAGAAAUUGAAUCCUGUGAUAAAACCAUUGAUGGAGUCCAUCAAACGCGAGCGGAAUGAAUUGCUGCAAUCACUGUCUGCAGACAGAUUGGUCCGCGUGUUAGAACAUUGUCAUGAACAGCACAUGCUCCCUCCGCUAGAGAAAGUGAUAAAGAACCUAGUGAAUUUCGUGUCAACCGACCCCUUGGUGACGCCCAGUUUGAACCCGGAUCCGUCCUCAAGUGCCAAUCAAUGCAUAGUCACCCUCCAGAUCAGAGAGGCGAAAUCAGCCAAAAAAUCCGAGAGUAGUCGCAAUAGUAAUCACAAUAGUAAUGUCAAUAAUGCAAGUAGUAGUAGUAGUAGUAGUAGUCGUAUUAGCAAUGAUGAUAACGUCAACACCAACGGUGGUAGUAGUAGUAGUAAUAAGAAAUCCGGGAAGUCAUCCGGAUUCGAGAAUUCUUUGUCAGUCAAGGAUACGCUUCUUCAACACUCGGCCAAAACAAAUGGGCAAACACCCAAGGGGAGUAAGAGAACCAAGAAGACCGCCCCCAACGCCACCAAUGGGAAAAGCCAACCGAGUCCAGCUGAAAUCGAGGAAUCCAAGCGAUUACAGGUGCAAAGCCGAGGUGCCCAAAUGGCCUUGGAGAAGAUCAUCCGUCAUUUCCACGCCCAAGUCUUCAUCAAACUUCCCAAGCUCCAUGAGCUCACCCUCAAGGGAGUGCUAUCUGUGAUGAGUGAAUACCAAAACCAAAGCCCCGAAUUAGUCACGUGUCUCCGAGCACUCGAGGUGUCCAUGCCCGUCUUGGCCUUGGACCUUCAAGACGCUCUACUAUUGAGCGUUCCCAAUUUGGUCACUCUCCUCAAGAGUCCGUUGGCCAGUAUCCGACACAUGAGCGCCCGGUGCUUGGCAAUUCUGGCCAAGAUCCGACCCAUGGCUGUGAUGGUUUGCGUCAUCGAGCAGAUCCUACCUCUUUUUAAUAGCGAUGUGGUGGCUCAUCGUCAAGGAGCCAUCGAAUGUCUAGCUUGCAUUGUGGAGAAACUAGACGUCCAAGUCCUGCCCUACAUUGCAUUGCUCGUGGUGCCAUGUAUGGGCAGAAUGUCCGAUUUCGACCAGGAUAUUCGCCUCCUAGCCUCAAACACGUUUGCCGUACUCAUUCGGUUGAUCCCUCUGGAUGGAGCCGUGCCCGAGCCACUAGAUUUACCCAAGGCAAUCGUCCAACGCAAGGCCCAAGAUCAGAGGUUCCUGGACCAGUUAAUGAACAUUGGACAACUCGAAGACUACCAAUUGGCCUUUCCCAUUGAAGCCACCUUGAGGUCCUAUCAGAAAAACGGUCUCAAUUGGUUAGCGUUCCUGAAUCGGUACAGGCUCCACGGAAUCCUGUGCGACGACAUGGGCUUAGGGAAGACGCUGCAAACCAUCUGUAUGCUCGCUUCCAGCCACUUUCAUUUGCAACCACGAGGUUUUCAUGACCAAUCGGUGGAUUGCCUCUCUUUGGUGAUCUGUCCACCCACAUUGUGCAGUCAUUGGGUGGCCGAGAUCCAUCGUUUCGUGGGCAAGUCGAUCCUCCAACCGCUGAUCUACUCGGGUCCUCUGGCAACUCGAGCCGAACUCCGUCCCUUGUUCAGCGAGUUCAAUGUCAUUAUCACUUCCUACGAUGUCGUCCGAAACGACGUGGAUUACUUUGGUCGGAUUGCUUGGAAUUAUGUGAUUCUUGACGAAGGCCACGUGAUCAAGAACGGCCGAACCAAGACCACACUGGCCAUUAAGAGUCUCCAAGCCCAACAUCGUCUCAUCUUAUCCGGAACCCCGAUUCAAAACUCGGUCCUAGAAUUAUGGUCGCUCUUCGACUUCUUGGAAUUAUGGUCGCUCUUCGACUUCUUGAUGCCCGGGUUUUUAGGAUCCGAUAAGCAAUUCGCAGCCAAAUAUAGUCGACCUAUUGUGGCUAGCAGAGAUCCCAAAUGCUCGCCCAAAGACCAGGAGGCGGGUGCAUUGGCUAUGGAGGCUCUUCAUCGCCAAGUGUUGCCAUUCAUACUGAGGAGAAUGAAGGAGGAUGUCUUGAGUGACUUGCCACCCAAGAUCACCCAAGAUUACUACUGCGAACUCAGCCAGAUCCAAAUUAAGUUGUACGAGGACUUUGCUCGUACUCAGUCGAAUAAACAUCGCCAACAGGGCGAUGAGGCAUUGAAUCUGUCCAAGAAGGAUCCUCAACCUACGCCCGCCAACAAACCUCACAUUUUCCAGGCUCUCCAGUAUCUCCGGAAAGUGUGCAAUCACCCCAAAUUGGUGCUAAAUGAGCAACACCCGGAAUUCGAUGCCGUUAUGGGAAUGCUGCAAGUAUCGAACUCCAAUCUGAACGAUAUCAACCACUCGGGUAAACUUCCUGCUCUGCACGAUCUCUUGCUUCAAUGCGGGAUUGGCGCUCAAAGCUCGUCGAAUUCGUUGGAUGACUCGGUUGUGGUUCAACAUCGAGCCCUGGUCUUCUUUCAAUUGAAGUCCAUGAUGGAUAUCGUCGAGAAUGACCUCUUGAAACGCCUCAUGCCCUCGGUGACCUACCUCCGGUUGGAUGGAUCGGUUCCUGCCCAUGCUCGACAGGGAAUUGUGGACCGGUUCAAUAAUGAUAUCUCCUAUGAUCUCCUACUCCUGUCCACUUCAGUGGGUGGACUGGGAUUAAAUCUCACUGGAGCCGAUACCGUGAUAUUUGUUGAACACGACUGGAACCCAAUGAAAGACCUUCAAGCCAUGGAUCGAGCCCACAGAAUUGGUCAGAAAAAGGUUGUCAAUGUUUACCGAUUAAUCACGCGAAACACGAUUGAGGAGAAGAUCCUAGGUCUGCAAAAGUUCAAAAUGAUCACUGCCAAUACCGUGAUCUCGUCCGAUAAUGCGAGUCUCCAUUCCAUGGCCACGGAUCAAAUCUUCGACCUCUUCUCCUUGGAAGAUAACCUAACGGCGGGCGAUAAUCGAAAUGGCGCUAUGGAUCAACAACGUCAACAACAACAACAGGGAAUCAAGGCUCUCCUGGAUAAUAUGCCCGAGCUAUGGGAUGAACGCCAAUAUGAGGAUGAAUAUGACCUCAAUGCAUAUAUUAGCAAGAAACACGCCUCCAAUGGAAAGGAGCACGCGAGCCACCCGCUAGAAUCCCCUUCUACAUCCAAAGAAGUACACCACAGCAAUAAUCAAACAUUAAAUUGACAGGCGUAUUAAAGAACCAUUAUUUUCCAAUCCUA